GAAGCAAUUUAUUCCUGCCUGCCGGUAUUUGUGUGCUUGCCUGUGCUUACGUGUUUGUUUUGCUGUUGUCGCCAAAGAACAGAACUCUACCCAUCCACGAAAAUGUCGUGGCUAAAGCUAAACGAUAGUCUGAACAAGGUGAAGGGAUCGAUCACAUCCUUUACGCAAGAAGUAUUUGCGGAAGGAAUCAUUGGAGAAGACGAAGGCGAUCAGAAUCCGGUCCGAGAGCUGAACAUUGCACGGGAAAAAAUCAACCAGCUAUCGGAUCUAUGUGCGACGCAGGACCAAGAGAUUGAGACACUUCGCAGACAGGUUGCGGAAUAUCAACAGCAGUUGCCGCAACCAUGCUCAUCCGGAUCGCAACAGGCAGGUUCGUCGUCUGCGUCCAAACCGGCAUCGGUUGAGUUGCUCUGUACAGCAACAUCUUCAUCAUCCGGAUCAGCAAAACCAUUAGGAACCCUCGGUCCAGAACAUCAUGUUGGCACAACGACCGUCACCAGCACGCUCGAGGACAGUUGGUUCUGGGAUCCCGAAAACAACAUCUCUUCGACGUCGUCCUCCUCGAAGAAGGACGACAGCGAAUCGCCCUCGUCCGGACCGACCGAGCUGACAACGAUUCCACUCGAAGCGCCAGCAAACGAGAGUGAAAUCAUCGAUCGGCUCCAGCGCCAGCUGCACGAAAAGUCCCAACAGCUCAAGAAGCAGCAGCUCGAAAACGCCCUCCUCAACGAGAAGCUGGGCCAGGUAAGCAGCGAAAAUCGUGAGCUGAACGAAAAUAUCGAAGAGCUCGACCGUCAGCAUGAGGUCGUGCUGGAAAACUUGGUCGCCGGGAAGCGUGACCUGCAGGCCCAGUGUGGCCGGCUCGAGGCAGAACUAAAGUCGAAGGUGGCUGAAUCACAAGCAACUCUGCAGGAGCUGCAAACACGCUUCGAACGGCUAGAGCAAACGAACGCUCAAACCUGUCAGGAUAACGAAAAGCUCAAAACCGAAACGGAAAAGCUAACGGCCGAACUGGAGCGGAUUGUGUGCGAGAAUGUUGAGGCGGUAGCAGCGCUCGAGAAGCAGCUCGAAGAGCAACGACUCGUGCAGACGACUUCGGACGAGAUGUGCCGAACUUUGCAGGCGGAAAACGAAGAACUGCGCCAGCGGAACACUGAAGUGUCUGAGUUUGUGGUGGCCGUACCAGCGGAGGAAAGCGCAAAACAGGCGCACGCCGAUUUGCAAGCUGAGCUGGAGCAGCUUAAACAAACGUUGGAUGAGGUCCGCACGGAGAGGGACAAUUUGCAAAAGCUGACGACGGAACUGGAUCGGUCGGAACACAUCGGACAGCUGGAACGCGAAAUAGGGGAGCUACAGAAUGAAUUGCGUAGCGUCAUCAUCGACAACUCGGUACAGCUUGAAUCGAAGGAAAAAGAGUACGAUGAAAAAAUGGCCACUUUGCGCCAGGAAAACCAAGCCUUGCUAGACAGGCUGGCAAACGAACCUACCCAGACGAAAACGGAACCGGAUCCACGGGUAGCCGAAAUUAUAAGACGAUUUUUCGAUCUGGAUAUUUCUGCAAACCCUGAGGAGUUGACCGAACGACUGCAGCAGUCGCGCGAUGUAGAGGCAAAAUUGUCCGCAAUCGAAAAGAAGCUGAUCGAUGCUGGGAAGGAGAUCAAUUUCCUUAAGUCGGAAAAUUCACGCAUCCAGCACGACAAGGACACGCUGACGGCGGACCUAAUGCAGUACGAAAAAGAGUGUGCCAGCUUGAUGAAGAACAACGAUCGGCUGCUGGAGGAGCUGGAGAACGUAAAGUGCAAUAAGCUGGAAACGAUCAACGAAAACGCCGAGGACAGUAUCGUAGUGCUGGAGAAACAGUUGGAAGAUUCGCACCGUCUCAAUCGUACACUGGAGGAAGAGUAUCGUGAAUCGCACCGCAAACUGGAAGAAGUGUUGGAAGAGAAGGAAGAACUGCUGAUGAAGGUGGCCUCGCUCGAGAGCUUUGAAAGUGAGAGUAAAUCCCGGCUCCGGGAACUUGAUCAAUCGCUCGCGGAGGUACGACAGGAACGUGACCAGCUAAUGCGCCAGUUGGAAGAGUUACGGGAAGCUGGUGGCCAGGAAGCGGAGCAACUCCGUACCGAGCUAGCGAGUGUGCAGAGCCAGCUGACUACAAUCAAUGAAGAUCAUGCCAAUCUGGUACGGAAAUUGCAACAGCUACAGCAAACCUCGUCCGAUAACAUUCGCAACUGGGAGGCAAAGGUUGAGGAGAUGCGGCGACUGCUGGAGGAAAAGGAAUCGGAUCUACAGCAGGCACGCGCGUUAACGACGGCAACCGAGCAGCAGGAAGCGUUGAGUGCAGAAAAUGAACGUUAUCGGGCAGAGUUAGAAAAGCAACGGGAAGCAUUGGAAAGCCUAACGCAGCAAAAGGAAAACCUCGUACAGCUGGUGACGACAAAGCACAACGAAAGCGUCCAAUAUCAUGCCGAGAUACAGCGAUUAAAUCAAUUGCUGGAAGCGGAACAUGAACGCGCUCCACCAUCUUGCACCGACUGUCCAUCAUUGCGUGAGAAGCUCCAGGACUACGAGCGACUUACCGAUCAGAUACAGUUUUUGCGCGAAAAGUCCGACAUCCUUACGGCCAAUUUAAUGACCGAGCAAAACAACCAACGGAUGGCGCUGCAGCAGAAGCAAGAGCUGGUGGAACAGCGCGAUGGUUUGCAGCGUGAUCUGGAGCGUCUGCGUCAGCAUCUGCUGGAGAUUGAGGAAGCACACACGCAGGAAACGGUCGAACUGCAGCGACGCUACGACGAAACGCGCCAACAGUUGGCAUCGCUUGAGCGUGAGGUGAAACAAUCCACCAAUGCACUAACGUCCGCUAGCAUUCGGGCCAAUCAGCAGGCGGAAACACUGCAAGCACAGUACCAGCUGUUGCUGCAGCAACGUGAUGAACUAGGCGCACGGCUAAGUGCGGCGGAUGAUCGGGAUCAGAAGAAUCAGGCCGCCCUUACCAAUCUGCAGUGCGCGCUAGAACAGUUCCAGAUGAAUCGUGAGCGAGAUAUUGAGCUGGCCACGAGCAGCAUUCGCAACGAGCUGGAACAAUCGCGCGUCCGGGAAGAUGGACUGAAGGAUAUGUUGAAGCAGGUCCAGCAACAGUUGACCGAUGCGAAGACGGGUCUGCUGGCAGCGGCUCGCAUUUCGGACCAGCUGGAAAUAUCGCAAGUGACGGUCGCAUCGCUAAAAGCGGAAUUAACCAAGCGAGACGAGCGGUACGCAGCACUGGAGAACCGCCUGCACGAAACGGAAUCAAGCCAGGCGGACAAGGUGGAAAAGACGCUGGUGAAAAAUCUGAUCAUCGGGUACGCGGUAGCACCGAACCCAUCGGACAAGCAGCAAAUCAUGAAGCUGAUCUCGUCCGUGCUGACGAUGGACCAGGCCGAAUGUACCAAGGUGGGGCUACACCACAAGGGACAGGUCGGUAGUGGCGGAUGGCUGAACAGUAUCCUGGGCGGAAGUGGUGGUGAGGCGGGUGGAAGUGGUGGUGCAGGAGGUAAGGACUACAAUAAGGAAUCCCUUACCGAGGCGUUUGUGAAAUUCCUGGAGAAGGAAUCGGCUCCACGUGCCACCGCAAGCUCUAGUCUACUGAACAUAGUCACGUCACCUGCAACCAACAUCACACCAUCAACCGGUGCUACAGAUGAGCGGCAACUGCCGGGUGGUGGUACAACCGGCAUCACAACGGCGGGAAGUAACUUGAUCACAGCAGUACCGGGGGCACCACCACAACAACAGCCAUCCGCCGUGCAACCGAUUCUGGUGCCGGAAGCGAUGAUGAUGAUGCAGCAGCAGCCUGGGUUUGCACCGCCGCGAAGCUCCAGCUCGAUACUGAAGGAUAUACUGAGCGAUUCCUGAUACACGCACGGUGAUCCGUUGCUUUUUCUAAGCGAAGG